AAAAUGUGAAAUUGAGUAGAAAAGGUUAAAUAUUCAUGCUUGUUAGUUGUUAGCUGAAUAUGUUUUCAGGUUUUGCUGGAAUGGAUGUUUCUGGGUUUCAUUAAAGAGAUUUCAACUUGCAUCCCUGUGAAGAAGUAAAUUAAAAGUAGUGGACUGAACUCAGUUGAUGAUAAUUGUGUCUGAGGGAUGCAGCUUGCAUUACUGGUUUCUGUUUCCAUGGUUUUAUGGAAUUGUUGAGUUUGCAAUGUUUUUGAUUGAGUGGUUCUCCACUUCUUCUCUUCUCUUUUCAUAAGUCUCUGAAACUGAGAUCUUAUAACCAUUCUAGUUAAGGUAUUGAGUUUGAGUGUGGUUUCUCGGUGCCUUCUUUGAUUUUUAUUUUCCCUACCUUGAUUCAAAUGAAAAUAACCAGCAUUUCCCCAAAUUUUAAUAUUUUUGAUCGAGUGGUUCUUUUUCAUUUAAACUCGGUAAAAGUGAGGUCUUUUAACUUUGUAAGUUGAGGUAUUGGUUUUAAUUGUGGCUUUUGGUUUUAUCAAACCUUCUUUUUUACUACUUUGAUUUGUAUUUUUGCUCACCUCACAUGUUGGCCUUGCAUCUGAUCCAUAAAUAUUUUGCUUUUAGUCUCUCGUUUUUAUUGGAAUUAUAUUUUGCAUCCCUAUGAUGAUGGAUAUAUUCAUGUUAAAAGUAGUGUCUGACUUAUUGAAGACAAAUAUGCAUCUGAGGGAUGCACCAGCGCACUCUGUUUGGGAUCUUCAUUUUCCUUGAUUAAAUUUGUCUACAUUGGGAGAAUCUUAUCUGUGUCUUUUAUCAAUGAUUUACGCUGUUGGAUUUAAGAUUAUGGGUUCUCUUGUAGCUUGCAAAAUUUUUCUUCUAAAGCUUUUCUUUGACUAACCUUAACACACAAGCUUGUAGGAGGCGUGAUCAACUUGUUUAAUUAUAAUCAAAACCAAGCUAACUCAGGGCUUAAGGGGGUAUUUUCCCAACUUGGAAGGACGAACAGUGCAGAAUCUUCAAUUACAUUUCAUUUCCUCAUUGUAUUUUCCAUCUUUGAUUUUAUAUCUCUGUUGUUCACAACACUCACUGAGUUCUCUCUCAUUGUGCUUUCCAUUCUGUGUCCACUCAUAAUGGCUGAUAUCGCCCUCACCUUCGUUACCCCUCUCAUAGAGCUGGCACUUUCCAAGGCGGCUUCUUUUGCUGCUGAACAGAUCACUCUUGCAUGGGGUUUGGAGAAGGAGCUGGAGGAGCUUGCUGAUUCUCUAACUCUGAUUCAAGGGGGUGCUCGAAGACGCGGAGAGGAGACAAGAAAGCAGUCCGGCCAUAGGCCUCUUUUUACGAAAUAUCGGUCUAGGACAGACCGCUUUCUUCCCGUUAAUUUAAAAGUUUUUGGAAGGAAACAUGGUGUCUUAGACAUUGUUAGGUUGUUGCAAGACCUAAGGGAUAAACAUCCCCUGUCUGGCAUUUCGGUAGUGGGUAUGCCAGGUGUUGGAAAAACAACAUUAGCAAAAUCAAUAUACAAGACGGUAUAUGAAGCAAAGCUCUAUGAUUUAGCAUCUUGGGUAUGUGUAUCAGAGGACUUUAAUGUACAGAAGCUGUUGGUUGAGAUAUUAGAACAUUUUAAUUAUCCUAAUGCUGGUGCAAUUAACAAUAUGAAUAUACUGCUUCAAUAUCUUGUAAAAGAAAUAGAAAACAAAACUUUUCUUCUCAUUCUUGAUGAUGUGUGGAACGAAGAUCAGCACAAGUGGGAAGAUUUCAUCGAUUGUUUGUUGAAAAUUCCCGGACUUGAAUCAGAUAAGAAAGGGGAAAAAGAAUCGGAGGAUGUGCAAGGGAAAGGGCUCAAAUCAGAAUCAGAUGACGAAGGAAAAGUGAUAAAAGGCACCACCUCGAUCACUAAAAUUUCCAUCGUCAUAACUACUCGUGUUCAAAAUGCAGCAUCCAUGAUAGAGGGGACACUUCAAGGUGAUAUGCAUAGGCAUUUUGUGGAGGAGCUUUCAACAGAUGUUUGUUGGUGUAUAAUUAAGGAGAAGGUCCUUCGAUCAUCCGGCCAAAAGUCCUUACCCCCGAAGUUGGAAUAUAUUGCUCAAGAUAUAGCAAAAAAAUGUGGAGGCUUGCCAUUGGUUGAAACUGUUAUAGGAGUAACAUUGGGCCGUCAUAUUGAGGAAGAUAAGUGGUUGGCUAUUAGAAAUAGUAAUGCAUGGGAUAUAGAAGAUGCAAGUCAAAUUUUAUCUGUAUUGAAAAUAAGCUAUGAUCAUUUGGGUGUAGCUUUAAAAAAAUGCUUUUCUUAUUGUUCAAUUUUUCCAAAAGAUUUUGCAAUGGAAAAAGAUGAUUUAGUUCAGCUCUGGAUGGCUCAAGGGUUUCUUUACCAAUCUAAUGAAAGCAAUAAGACAAUGGAAGAGAUUGGCAACCAGCACUUUGAUGAGUUGUUAUCCAAUUCCUUAUUUCAAGAUGUGGAAAGGGAUCAUUUUGGAAACAUCUUAUCUUGCAAGAUGCAUGAUAUAGUGCAUGAUCUUGGCUUGUUUGUAUCAAAAGAUGAAACAUUGAUUUGGGAGAAUGGUUCCAGUGUUGAUGAGAAUUCUAAAAUCCGCCAUUUGAGGGUUAAAUAUGAUAGAAAUGUGCUUCCAACCAUUCCAAGAGGUGUUGCUCAAAGGUUGCAUUCUUUGUUCUUGGAUGUUGAUGAUGUUGAUGUUUUCAAUGACAUGGCAUUGAAAUUUAAAAGGUUGAGAUGUUUGAAAUUAGUGGGAGCAAACACAAAAGAGUUGCCGGCUUCUCUUGGCAAAUUGAAGCAUUUGAAAUACCUUAGUAUCUCAAAAAAUGGAAUCAGAGUGCUGCCAAAAUCCUUCUCCAAGCUGUACAAUUUACAAACAUUAAGGCUUCAGAGCUGCCAUUAUGUUGAGAAGCUUCUGAUGGCAUUAGAAACUUGUAGAAAAGGUAGCAACUGCAAUGAUGAGGAGGUUUUAGAUGGUCUCCAACCUGACUCAAAUUUGAAAUACUUGAGUAUUUUCGGUUAUCUUGGAGAGAAAUUCCCCUUAUGGAUGACAGGUGGUGUCAAAGGUGGUGCUUCAUUCCAGCUUGAGAACCUAGUGGAGUUGACAUUAUUCAAUUGCAAUGGAUGCACAUGUUUUCCAAGUGUUGGACUAUUGCCCAGUCUUGAGGUUCUUUGCAUUAAAGGAAUGGCCAAGGUAAAAAGCAUGGGUCACAGCCUCAUGUAUGACUUAGAAGAAUGGGUUGAAGUCAUUGAGGGGGAAGAAGCAGCAACAGGAGGGGAAAGCAUCAGGGUGUUUCCUUGCCUUGAGGAGUUGCUUAUUGAGGAUUGUCCUGAGUUGAAGACUUGUGUGAUGGGUGGAUUUUCUUCUCAUCAUAAGCUCUGUUCCCUGACAAUACAUAAUUGUCCAAAUCUGAUAGCUAUUCCAAACAUGGACGGGUUAACAUCUCUUAAGAUUUCUCUAGGGGGAUGUGAUGGGCCAAGAUCAUCUCCACCUACACCACCAUCUCCAUCUCCACCACUGCCCAAUUUUAGGCUGAGCCCCACCUCAACAUUGCAAGGAAAUUCCAAAGCUUCAAGGAAUUAGACCUUAUCUCUUUCCUUUUUCCAGGUCAAUGUUUGACACAAUUGUUCUUUUGGAUGUUCAAUAUGAUUGUGUUUGUAAUUGAUUAGUCUGUUGAAGUUUAAGCAAAACAGAUAUCUCUUCUUUGCAUUUAAACAAUAAUCUAAUUUUCUAUUCCAGAGUAGGAUGAAUUAUGUCUGUUUCAUGGCUACUAAAAUUUGCCUUUCUGA